AUGACCUGCAUGGACAGACCCCCAGACGUGAUGGGAACUCCAACAGAACAACGGUGGGAAUUGCAGAGUGAGGGCCACGCAGAAGGGUUCUUCACUGCAGCUGUCCAACUGAGGGGACAGGACCUUCUGGUGGAUAUGACUGUGACUUUGGGUCUAAAGAACUAUAAAGCCCACAGCAUCCUUCUGGCUGCAGUCAGUUCUGUCUUUCUGCAGCGUUUAGAGCAUGAGGAGCAAGAAGUGAUGAAGCUGGACGGUGUGACCACACCAUCUGGCUGGGAGGCCAUUUUGAAUUUUGCCUACACAGGAGAGUUAGAGCCCACCCCAGUCAAGGCUGGAGACAUCCUAGAUGCAGCCGAGGCCCUGGGAGUCCCUCGUGUGGCUGAAAUCUGCAAGACAGUGUUGAUAGGGACAGAGAAUGGGGACAGACUGAGUCCAGCAGAAGAGAAAUGGAAGACGUUGCAGAGGCUAGAAGAGCUGUACAAUGAAGGCAUUGGCUGGGACCUGGAACUUAAAGCUGAAGGAGAUACAUUUCGAGUUCACCGCCUGGCCUUGGCUUGUGGCUGUGAAUUCUUCCAUGGCAUGUUUACCAGCGGCAUGAAGGAAACUCAACAGGCCAAGGCCCCUCUUUGUACCCAAUUCACUGCAGCUGAUCUGGGGCUGAUCAUCUCCUUUGCUUACUCAGGAGUGCUGAGAGGUGGAUGGGAUUAUAUGUUUGAAGCGGCACAGGCUGCCCUUCAGUACCAAGUCUCUGGCAUCUUGGAUCUCUGCCUGGAUCUAUUCCACUACAAGCUCACCCCAGAAUCCAGUUUGGAUGUCCUGUCCUUUUCCUGUGCUUAUGACCUACAUGAUCUGGAAAAAUCUGCAGAGAAGUUUAUAUUAAGCAACUUUGCUCAUGUCAUGGAAACACCCAAGUUCCUAGAUCUUCCCCUGAACCAGCUGGUGGGCUUCCUUGGUGCUGAUUCCCUCUACAUCCUCAAUGAACUAGAAGCCUUCCAAGGAGCCAUCCGUUGGUUGGAUGCUGACUGGGCUGGGCGGAUGAACUGUGCUGAGAAAGUUUUGAGCUGCAUCCGAUUCCCACUGAUGUCCACUCGAGAGCUCAAACAGGUGCGGAAAGAAGAGAUGAUGGCUGCUCCUGGUCGCCUCUACACCCUCAUGGUUGAAUCCUUAGCUAGCAUCCCACCAGGUCCUUCCAAGAUGGAGCAACUUCCUUGCCGGGUGAGAUAUCCAGAGAAGGUCAUCGUGAUUAGUGGAGGAGAUACUCUGACAAAGAAUAUGGCUACUCGCAGCCCAUGCCAGGAUUUCUGGUUCACCCACCGCUUCCUCAGUGGCAUCGGCUUGGUCAAACAAGUGGAGUGGCGUUGUCUUGGAAAACUCCCAGAGAAACCACGAUUCCGGCAUGCCGUAGCAGUCAAGGACAAUGUUAUGUAUCUCUUUGGGGGAAAGCAUUAUUACGGCGUAAGGGAUACCAUGUGUUCAGUGUUCAGGUUUGAUCCUCUUUGCCGGAGUUGGGAGCGACUGGCUGACAUGACAAAUUGCCGGAGUUAUUUUCCUGUCGUUUUCCUGAAUGGUUUUUUCUACGCUCUGGGGGGGAGCUCCAAUGAAGUUUAUUGCCUGGAUCUGGUGGAGUGCUACGAACCUCAGAGCAACACGUGGAGGCCUUGUGCACCCUUGCCUACCCCAGUCUGUGGCCACGCAGCCUGUGUCCUGGAUGGGUGCAUCUAUAUCUCAGGGGGCAGCGACGGCUCAUGCCGCUGCCAGUCCUCUCUGAUUCGGUAUCGCCCAGAUGGCCCACCUUUCCUUCUGGCCCCCAUGCAGGAAGAGCGUGCGGGGCACAUCAUGGAGGUGCUGAAUAGGCGGAUCUAUGUGGCUGGUGGUCUACGAUGGCGGGACGGGCACGGGGGCUACGCUGACCAACUGACCUGUGAGGUGUACAGCCCAGAUCAGGACAUGUGGGUCACCUUGAGUCCUCUUCCCCAAGCUCAUGUCAUCGCUGCCUCUGUUGUCCUGACGGGAGAGCUCUACGUCAUGGGGGGGUAUAGCCAUAACACCUAUCGGGAUACGCAUCUCAUUCAUUGCUACAACCCUUCCCAUGACCGUUGGGUCAAUAUGGGGACGAUGCCUCAGGCUUACGCUGAUCUAAAGGCCUGCGUCUUAGAAGUGCCCCCCUCCCUUAGACAAAGUGAACCGUCCCUCACAUAUGCUCCCAACGAAGAUGACCCUCCUGGUUCUUUACUGGAUUUGCCCUAUCAAAACUCCGGAUCAAGCUGCUGAAAGGCUCGAGUAUAGCAUGGCGUUUCAGGUCCUGGAUUUGCAGUGGACAGAGCCCGGUUCAAGUCCCUCCUUGGGUGACUUUGGGUCAGCUACCUCACAGGGUUGUUGUUGUGGGGAUAACAUGAGGA